CUGCUGCUUCAAUUCCUCCCAGAGUCACUCGAAGUAUGUACCCCUUUCUCCUUUUCUCUAACCUCUUCAUAUAAUGCUUGCUAUCUUAUCUCUAAUCCUUCUUUUAUGAAGGUGGUCAACAACAAAAGAAGAAGAGACUCUUUGAGCUAGAAAGGGAAAAAACUGAACUUCCAGAGAUGGAGGAAGAAGAAAAUGAUCAAGAACAGGAGUCUCCCUUGAAAAGAAACAAAAGAGACCCUCAAUUGGCUCAAGAGGGGAUAGCCGCUAGGGAAGAAGAGGAGAAGCUCACUUUUGAAGAGUCUGGACCCCAACCUAAAAAGGUCGAGAAGACAAUGGAGGAGCGAAUGAUACCAAUUCAAAGGAAAAGGAGAAGAAAAAUUACCGUUUCUCCUUCCGAUUUUACCGAAGAUUCUGAUUCCGAGACAAUUGCUCAAGUAAUAGAAAAGAGGAGGAAGAUCACUGUUCUAGCUACCAGCUCGUUUGAAGAUCCCAUCCAUGAGGUUGUAGAACAAGAAUAUCCCAAAGCCAUAGUUGUUCUUGAAAGAGCUGAGGAGAGGCAGCAGCAACAAUUCCUUGGGACAACAACGACCACUGCAUUAAUCUUCCCAACGGAAACUUCCCCAAUUUCAGUCGAAGUUGAUCAGAUGCAACGCGUGAAAACCAUUCAAAUCACGCUCCCACUUCCUAAGCCUAUAUUCGAUACGUCUUUACCGAGGCCGAGUAUCCCUGCAUCUCUUUUCCUUGGCUUAGAGCCAUACCUCCCUUUCUUGACUCUUGAUCUGCCUCAGUUUGUUUCUUCGAUCCUCGCUCUUCCUCUUACUGCUACUUCAUCUCGCAUGGCAGUUGAUUCUCCUUCAGGGGAUGCCGAUAAUUUUCCAAUUCAUGACUCAUCACCAAUGCCUACUUCCAGCCCUUCCUCACUUGAUUUGCUGGUGGCUAAGACCAUAGAGGCUGCCAAAGAUGCUCCAUUUGUUUCUCCCAUCCCUAUGCAGCCCUUUGUGUCUUCCACCACAACACUCUCUAUGCCCUUUAUGUCAAGGGAUGAGGUAGACAUUUUUGAAGGAAGACUAGCUAGUCUCUUUGACAUACCUUCUACCUCUCCCACCUCUACUGCUGAAGCUGAGCCAUUAGCCUUGGCUGACUCCCUACUGGAAAUCUUCAAGAGUUCUCCUUCCUCCAGCAACAAGCCUUUUGCACCUUCAGUAGAUUUGGACACGUGUUUGCAACUGUUGACUUCUUUUUCAAGGAUCCCCUUCGAGGCUUUACAAAGGCCUAUCAUCAGGAAUGGGUUCCUUCAAUGCUGUAACAUUGCUGAGCAGUCUGCCAUGAGUGUCUCAAGUCAUCUAUCUCAGGCUGCAGCUACUAUUGAUUUUUAUCUUAACAUUUGCCAUGCUGCUAAGGCUGCGGAUGAUAAGCUGGCUAAGGACCAGAGUUUUGUUUCUCAAGUGCAUACCGAAGUAUCAUCUCUGAAAGAACAACACUCUUCUGCCUCCCAGUUUCGAGUCCAACUUCUGGAGAAGAAAGCUCAGCUCGAAGAGGAGUUAGCCGCAGUAAACCAAGCCUUGGUUCGAACUGAUAAGAAACUGCACAUCACCAAUCAAGGGCUAGCUAAUCGAAAAGAAGACAUGGCUGCGGCUAUUCAAUUAUUUCCUUCCCUUAGCAAUAGGAAAGCUAUUGUACAAAAACAACUAAAGCAUUGUAAUGAUUUUUGGGCCAAUUUGUGGCACAAUAAGGGGUCUCCACAAGAAGAGUCUCCCAAGAGAGCCGAGACUUUAGCUAUUCUCAAGAAGAAACAACAACAAAAAACAAAAAGGAGACUAGUCCUUCCUCCUGAAGUACCUGAAUCUCUUUACUUUGAUUCCUAA